AUGGAGAAUCGCACUCCCAAGGCCCCCAGGCCGACGGUGACUUUCGCAGGUCCUCCAAGAACAGUGAAGGUUGAAUUGCUGAUUUACAACGGAAGCCCAUUCAGUGACCACUGGGCUUAUUGGGUGUGUUCGAAAAAUAAUCCUGACAUCGGGGUUAUGAUACAGGCCGCUGGUGAUAUGGGCGAUGGCUUCAAGAUCGUGUUCAAACGAUGUCAUAACUUGCAAGAUGAUCCCGAUCCCCCGAAGAACAGGAUUACUCUGCAAUGGAUUGAUGAGAAAUACUUUGACGAGAAGGCCAUGCUGAACAACCGGGUCCCUAUAAUUCACGAUACGCCUGUUUGUCCCUUUGAAACAAGUAUUUGCAAGGUCAAAGUACCUGAGAUGAGACCAACUGAAGUCGCUGAUCCCGUCGCACCACGAGAGACAACAGCCCGAAGGCAUUUCACGAAAAACACCUAUAGACAUCUACCAUUGAGCGAACCGAUAGGAGAUGAUAUGUAUGAGCUAUCAAAUAUGGACGAAAGAGAAGCAGAGUCACCUUUCUCUCAGCAUAAUUGCCAAAAAUGGAUUGCCGAGUCUGCUGCCCAACUGUUCAAGGACAAAAUUUCAACGAGGAUGCUGCCAAUUAUCUUGCAACAAAUUCCACCGAUCCAGAUUCGCAACAAAAAAAGAAGGGUUUUGACUGGCCUGGCUCUUGGGUGCUAUGAUGGCUGGCAGUACGGUGUCUCUCCCAACGCGGUUGUGGCUACCAUCAUCACCAUAUCCAAAGGUUCAGCACUGGUUGUAGUAUCAUCUUGCCUCAGUCAGCUGAAGUGGAACCGAUAUCAGGUUCCCAAACCCCUAUACGAUUUGCAGAUUUUGGACCAGGCAAGUAGGGGCCCAUGGGGCUCUUUGAACGCAUUGUGGACCACGACCCCAGGACUGGCCACAGUAGGAGCGUUGGUUAUGGAUUCAUCGGUCGCUCUUAGCCCUUUCACACAGCAGAUCCUGACCUUUCCAUCUCGAAGUUCAGAGGCUUUGAAUGGAACGGCCUCGGUCCGAAUGACACACGAAUACUCCCCUGACAGGUCUUAUUAUACAUCAACUGGUCCACACGACCCGGUGAUAGAGGAAUCUGUUUUGAGUGGAAUAUCUGCCGCCUAUACCCCUGUGGAACCGCAUUGCAGCACUGGGGAUUGCGAGUACCCUGAUUUCAUCACUCUCGGUGUGUGCAGUAAGUGCGAAGACAUCACAACAUCGAGCGUGGAGAACUGCUCCGCUCUGUCAAAGACUUGGAGCGGUUGGAAAGGUUGGAAAGACGCAAGUUAUUUCGACAAUGGCAAAAUACCCGAGCAUAUCCCUCUGAACUGCACAUACACGACUCCGAAUGGAGUAAAAAUCGUCCCUGGGAUAGACUAUUGGUAUUUCCCUGUGACCUACGAGACAGGCGAAAGAUACAUGGUUUUCUAUCGCACCACAUGGACUUCACUCGCAAGUGAAGGCUCCACCCCUUGGAAUUUCCAAGGAGACAUGUACCAGAACGACCACUACAAGCCCCCAGUGAAGUUCCUUGAUAUCACCAACCCAAUUAUCCAAUUUAGUUCGGCGAAAUACCUGGACAGAAUAUCCGUAUACACCACCGAAAAUCUUAUAGCGCCUGUAGAAAAGCCAAUCUUGACAGAGUGUGCACUUUAUUAUUGCGAACAGCAAUACACGCAAAAUAGAGUAUCAGUCAACCACCGUCUCCUUCGACCGUCAAGAACCAGCCCCUUGAGAUACGUGGAUCCACCCCCCUCCUGGCACGAUUCUAGCAUAUCUCCAUUAGGCCCACCGGAUGACACGAAGGCCGUGUCCGAUAAUUCAACCUACGCAAAGGUCAGCUAUGCAGAAUGGAGUCUUAGAGGGGCUCUCAUAAGCUGGUUAAAUACUACGAACGUCGGCUCAGCCCAUGAAUCUGUGUUUCGUCUAAGCAGCCAGCAAAUUCCCGGAUUUCCUGCAAGCUCGAUCCUCUUUGACCGAGGUGACCUGAAUGAAACAUUCAGCAAUAUCGCUCACAGUAUAACGGACAUCUUGCGAGCCAACUCGAGGGGUACGACUAUCCUUGGACAAGCUUUUCGAGAUGAGACUUAUAUCCAUGUCCGAUGGGAGUGGGUUGUUCCCCCGAUUGUUAACGUGGUGGUCUCGAUUGGGUUUCUUACCGCUACAGCCAUACUAUGUAGAAAAUCCCGUGCGGUAUUGUGGAAAUCUUGCAUUCUACCAUUCUUGUCAAGUCGGGUUGAUACACGCCCAGAACAUGAUCUGGUGUUCUGUGGACGGGUGGAUGAGGUGGAGCAAGUAUCGAAGAUUAUCAAAGUCUCCAUGAAAGAAGAGAAGGGAAAUAUCAUAUUUACAGAGCAUUAG